AUGGGUUCCGAAGGCAUUUUGCUCAACAUCACGGCCUCUGCACCUGGACGUUCCUUUCCAACCUGGAAGGUCACGUUCAGCACCGCGCAGCCCUUGGGCGAUGUCCUACGUGGUUGGGCCAACACACGGCUGGGCGUGGACCUGACAGAGCAGGUCCCGGAGAAGGCGCAAGCGUUGGCGUCCGAUGGAUCCGCGCUGCCCUUGACCGAGUCCGUGGGCAGCCUGCGCGAGAAGCUCCGCAUGCGACAGGGUGCAUACACCUUAGAUGUGCUGUGGCCAGCUGAAGCAUUGCCAGCGGUGAAGUCGGCGCGCGGACGGACGGCACCGGGUCCCCCCGCCCGGUCGAAGCUGAGAAAGCUUCAUCCGAGUGCUCGCUACUGCUACGUGGAUCGAAGGGUCAUGGGCUGGGGUUCCUCCAGUACCCACAAGGCGAAGAUUGCAGCCGGCACCUACGCAGACACCCGAGGCCACUACCCCGAAGCGGAGCUGGCUCUGGCCAUGCGGACGCCACCAGCGUUCGAUGAGGAUGUCGAAUUGGAAGAUCGCCAACUCGCUGCACUGGACGAUGCCAAUGCGGUGCUGUUCCAUGCCAGGCUUCGAGGCCCAAAGCAUGAAGUGCUCAACUGGGAGGCAACAUGCAAGAGAUGCGAAAGAAACAUCCGAGAGAGGAAGCCUGAUAAGAAGGCUUCCCAGCUUCCGUACCCGGUCUUUAUCCCCAGCUGUGGCCGUGCUGAAAAGGCUCACUUGAACUGGCGAGCCUCACAUGUCUUCGGGCCGCAGGAGACCACACCCUUGGGCUUGCGGCCGGUGGUGUGCUUGGUCAUUGAGCCAGAGGAAGAGGAGGACUACCGCGCUGCCUGGCCUUUGUCGCUGAUGCUGAUUCUUCCCGAGGGCCACCGUGGGCCGGGCUAUGCGAGGUGGGUUGUUCAGCGGCUUUGCACCAGUUCGUGCAUCGUAGGACACGAGGCAAGCGAUGGGUCCCAGCGAAGACUCCAAAGGAUUUGGAUCGUUGACGACACCCUGACGAUGUUUUACAGGCUUGCUUUGAUGGAGAAGUUUGUAUCCUGCGGCCGGCUGCGACGGCCCAAACGGAUGAAACACCGAGUGGCCAAUGGCUUGAUGUUCCAGGAGGCAUUGCUGGCCGUGCAGCGGCAUCACUUCAUCGGAAGGGCAGCCGUGGCGGGCUUUCUCCGGGAUGAUGGCACGGCAGUGUGCAAGCGCAACGACUGGAAACUUGAUGAGUUGGCCCUCUACAAGGUGGUUUUGCUGGACCUGCGAGAACUUUGGCGUUUGAAUGUGGAAUACACUCCGCAGCUGCAGAUGUACGAGGACAUUUGCCUCAACCAUGAUGUGCUGAGCAAGGGAGGUCGAACACUCAAAUGCCAAUGCUAUGGUUUCCGGGCAGUACACGCCAAGAAGGGUGGAUGCUUGCAGCAGAGGAACGGCCGUGAACGGUCAGGGCAAACGAGACUCAAAGACUUGGUCAAGAAGUCCGAGUUUGCAAAGAUGAACAAAGAUCGACAGAAGGUGGUGAAGGAGCUGCUCCAAUGGGUGAGGGACAAGGAGCUCUUGUUCCGGAAGAGAACCGAGGAGCCAAAGAAAAAUGCUCCCACGCCACCUUCUCCUGAAAGGACUGCUGACAAUGAGGCAGAUGAGCAAGAAGUCGCCGUUGGAGACAUGACACCAGGGACACCCGUGGAGGUGGAUGACAGCGAAGCCAGUGCAAGCGAAGCUGAGGAUUUGGAGAUGUUUGCUGAUGAGAGCAGUCCACCGGUGUUGUGGCCCAGAUGA